GUGAAUGAUAGUAGGUUGCCUAAUUUUGUAUCGGAACCAACGGGGUUUGGUGGGGGCGCUGAUGUACAGCAGAUGGAAGGUGGUGGUGGUGGUCGAAGCAGCAGCAUGUUCCCACAUACGGGAGAAGACUCGAAUAGAGGCUCUGGAAGAGGAGGUGGUGGUGAUGGCACUAAUGAAGAUCA